CUCAUUCAGCACAACAACUUGAAAAGAUGUGAUCAAGAAUUGGGGACGACGGUAACCCCUCUCAUGCACGGCCGCCCGUAUCUUGCAGGCAACCGGUUUUUGCGUGAUGGCAUAACAUUGACAUCUUCUGCGCUGAAGCUACAUGGGAUGGACGAAACAUCAAACAACCCCCUUGGGUACGACCUCGUCUUGGUGUGUUCGGCUUCGAACCCCAGUUGUCGGUGCUGACGUCUCAGUCUGAUUGAUCCCUUCAACUUCCCAACUUCAACAUGACUUCACCUUCGCCCCCGAUCCCGCCGGACACGGCCGCCACCGGUUGCCUCGGCCCCUUUCCCACUCCCACCCACGGCCAGCCCGGAGCCGGCUCGUUCACCAUAGCCUGUUCGACACAUAUCAAGGCCGCGCCGCGUACUUGUCUUGAAGUUCUUCUGAAGGCGUCAGAGUACCCAUCAUGGAAUCGCUACUGCCGGAAAUGCAUCAUAGACGCUCAGCCGGAUGGGGACCACCAAGCUCUCCCCAACCUAGUUGGCCCAGAGUUUCUCCGCCUAGGCACCAAAUUCACUUUCCACGUCCAUAUGGACCCUCUAUCAGAGGACAGCAGUGCCCGCAACACUGCGCUCGAAGUCAGUCGUCUUGAGCGGAUUGACGAGGUUCUCCAAAUCCGCCGCACCGGCUUCCGCAUAGCCUGGAAGACCCGCCCCACUCUCUUUAUGCCAAACAGGAUGCUCCGGUGCGAGCGCGUGCAAGAGUUCGUCCAAGUUUAUCCUCCCUCUGGAACGCUUGACGAGCCCGAGACGGCCUAUCGAUGCUGGGAGACGUUUUACGGAGUGUUGGCGCCGGUGGUGAAGGCGGCGGCGGGGAAUCAGAUCAUGAGGGGAGGUACCUAUCUAUCCUCUUCUGAAAUUCCUCUAUCGCUCGGUGAUAUCUCUUAUCUUUCUAUCAUCUAAGGCUGUUUCUUUUCAGUUGAUUUCUCAACCUUUCUGUUACUAUGACCGCACUUUUUUCCUCUUCAAGCGGUUCAGCGCAUCUCAACUCCUUCUUCAUUUGCUAACGCCAUGGUCUUUAAGGACCCCAUCAUCCACAUAUCCUCCCCGACUAAUUCACUCAUCAGCACCUUCCUCCUCCUCCUCCUCCUCCUCCUCCUCCUUCCCCUCCCCUUGAUCUUUCCCAUGCUUAUUCUCCGCCUCCACCCCCUUCUUCUUCCCACUCUUCUUCUUCUUCUUCUUCGCUUUCCCAGUUCCCUCAGCCUCCCCAAUCGCACCCCCACCACCCAACGCCUCCCCCCUCUGAAAAACAAACAACGCUUCAUCCUUGCCCGCAAAACUCGGCAACGGCACUUGCACCACCCUCCUCCACCCCUCCUCCCCUCCCCACUCCCUCUCCAUAUACUCAUCCAUCGUCACCCCCUUAAACCCCGUAUACCCAUU